AUGGGUUCGUUGGAUGCGUUACUCCGCGAUGCGAAAGCAUCGACAGAGAAGGACGAACAGGAUCGCCUCAACGAACGACUUCGAAUCGGAAUAUUCGAAUUACAAUCGAUACCUCUUCGUGAUUUAUCUGAAAAGUCGUUGGAUGACAUCGAGAAAGAAAUCCAUGUGUUCUGCCAAUCGAAGAAACAACAUGACGAUGACCUACGACAAGCACAAGAACGUUUGGCUAUGAUCGAAGAUGCGAUCGCAACGCUUCCAUCUACACGUGAUAUUGAGACACUUGAAGCGAAUUUGGGACGUAUGCGAGACGCUCGAGAUAGUUUAGCGAAUGUAUCACCAGAUCUGUUAGCUGAAGAGAAUAUUGGGAACAGAGUGGAGGAUCUGAGAAAAACCAUUGACGAUUUAUCGAAACGUGAUGAAGAAGAGCUACAGAAGAUGCUAAUUGAUCGUGAUACUCGCAACAACGCCAUCGAGUCAUUGGAGCAAAUUCAGCGUGAAGUGGAAGAGCUGGAGAAAGCCCUACCAAUAACGUUGCCGUCUUCAUCUGAUUUAAUUGAUUUCCAACAAGCUAGAACACCAAAGCUACUCUCCAAACUCGAUGCAAUAUCUGAUGUUCCAGUCGAUUUGCUACCAAAGAAAGAAGAUCUUUCAAAUCGAAUCGACAUGAUUAACAAGAAAUUAGACGAUCAAGUGCAUGAAAUGGAGGAUUUCGAACAGAAAACUGUUGACUUGCAAAACGUUGUUGAUGAAUGCCGUGGUAAACUGAGAAUUCGUGAUACACCUGCUCCUAUCGAUGAUGUGACUAAGGAUGAGCAAGAUCUGUCAGCAAUUCUUGUCGCUGUCGAUUCAAUUCCACAAGAAGAUCUUUCACCGAGGAAUCAAUUGGCUCGAGAUGUGAACAAUAUUAAAGAACAAGUGAAGGGUCAAUUGGCAACCUUGCGGAAAGCUCUACCGGAUGAAAUGAAAGCACGUCAACAACAAGAUGAACUCAAGGAUCGCCUAUCAAGUAUUGCUGAUGCUUUGACAAGAGUCGAUCCUGAGAAUUUGGAAUCAGCUAAGCAACAAAUGGCAUCAAUUGAUACUGAACUACAGAAACUGAGUGGUGUCGCGGAUGCGUAUCAGCAAUUCGCUACCAGCCCAUCAUCAGUUGUCAGUCACGAUGAUCUCGAUAAGACUCUACCGGAACAAGUGCAGAAGUUGAAGAAGGAAUGUGAUGAGAAGAAGAAGGAUAUCGAACAGAUUGCGCAGUUGAACAACAACCUGAAGAUACCACACAAUCUCAACGAUCAGCAAUCAGUGCUUGAGGAACUCGAGACAAAGAAGCAACGUCUUGAAAAUCUCAUACAAACGAUCCCUGUUGGCGAAGCGACGGAAGAGCUGCGACAGAGGAGCGCAUGGGAUCUGUCGAGACUGAAAGAUCUACUGAAAAGGCUUGGUGAUUCAGUUGGAGAUAAGCUUGCUGCGUUAGCUGCAUUCAAUGUUGCACGCAAAGAUGCUGAAGAUCAACUGUUGAUGAUCACUAGCCAGCCAUUGGAUGACGAGAAAGGAAUAGAGGAUCUGAAGAAAGCGACGAAUUGCUUCAGAUACUGCAGGAACGAGUCCAAGUAG